AUGGCCCUCUUGAACUUCGUUUCCGCAGCUACCGCCGUUGUGCUCCUAGCAGUGGGUACUGAUGACCUUGCACUCUCUUCAUCCCUGCGAGCCGCAAUUGGAGACUUCAAGCCCCCUCCGGAACCAGAACCCAUCGCAAUCACCGAGCUCCCGCUUCCACCAGUAUCUCCUAGCGCCGCAGAAGGCUCUUGCAGUAUCACCGUCAACCCUGCUGGAACUGGUUGUAUCGUCCAGCAAGGAGGAUUAAUCCAGGGAGGAAGUUUCCUCCCCGACAACAAGCACGUCACAGCCACCGUCAACUUCACCGGCGCGCCCGCGGCACCGGAUCCCGCGAGCGUCUACGUAGGAGAGCAAAUAAUUAUCGUCAAAACCGAAGAGAAUGUAUCCUUUCCGAACGGCGAUGCAUGGAAAUGCAUCACGUGCGGCAUCCCGGAAGCCAACGACCACGGGCGCCUUAUGCCCCUGGACUACCCGCAGGCUUUCCACGACGGGAAACGCGUGCUGGUCGGGUCGAAUGUUGUGGAUUGCGGCGACGCGGAAUUGGCCACUGAUGAAUGCACGCCUGAGAAAACGCAUAUCUACCCGAUUCGGUGGAAUACCUCGCCUGAUGGAUCGGGGCCUGGCGGCGCAAUUCGAGAGCAGCGCUUGCACCCCGAUAACCUGCACCUCGGAUGGAGUUCGUUCGGCCUGCAAGCCGGGCGGCUCACACAGUACGCAUACUUCGGCCGGCUUUCCUUCAAUCCCUCGCCGACGAGGAGCGAACCGCUCGCUCCGCGCUUCGACCUCGUGAACAUUACCACGCUGCACAGCGAGGCAGCAGAGCAGCAGCCCUGGCUCGUCGACAACCAAGAGGACCAGCACGAACUCCGCCGCAACCCGCACGCGAUCCAAGUCGGCGAGCUCCGCGGCUUCAGCGGCACCGGGAACGAGGCGACCUACAUCGGCUUCCCGGCGGAGUCCUCCAACAUCGACGUCUUCGCCGUCGACCUCGCCUCGGGCGCAGUCCGCAGAAUAACCCAGCACCCCGAGUACUGCGACCCGCUGGACAUCUCGCCGGACGACCAAUGGACCGUCGUCAUGGACACGCGCGGCAGCGGCCGCCAGAUGUUCAUGGCCGGCAUGCGGCACGUCCCCCCGGUGACGGACCUGCUCACCAGCACCGUCGCGUCGUCGACACGCAACAACGGCGCCCGCCGCUUCUUCCAGCCGUACCUGCUGGACCGCGACGGCGACCGCGGGAUGUACUUCGGCCAGCGGCUCAACGCGCAGGGCGACGCGAACUGGAAUGGGCGCGCGGAUCCGAAGUGGUCGCCUGACGGCACGAGCAUCGUGUACUGGCAGGCGCUUGUCGUCGCGCCCGCGUGUGGUGGGGAAAACCCGCUGCCGUGUCCCAACUCGACGGAGCCGGGCGGCCGCACCGAGCGCUUGAUGCUGGCCAGGCUCACGGCGCGCACGCCGCUGCCGCUGCCGGUCGAGCCCGUCGCCCCCGUCUCUGACGACGUGCCCUGGGGGACGAAGUACGAGCCCGGAAGCGCCCUACCUACACGCCCCAUGCCGCCGGCGGGCACGUACACGCUCCGAGGCGCCGUCUCCGGCUCGGCUGCUAUCACCAUCACCGACAACGCAAACGGCACGGCUAUCGAAUCCAUCGCUGUUGCGUACGCUAACUACUCUGAUGUUCCCUGGACGGUGCUCAACGGAUGGGAGAAUGUCACGGUGGCGUAUCCGAGCGCGACGCUGAACGUGGUAGAGUGGUUUUCUGAACUGGUGCAAACGGGGACGGAGGGGUUGGUUACGAAGACGACGAGCGCUGAGGGGUUUCGAUUAGAGAUUGAUGUUUUGGCUAAUGUGUUUGAGGCGAGUGGGAGGUUGGAGACGAGUAUUAAUGGGACGGUGUAUAGGCAGCCGGCGAACGGGACGUGA